UAUUAUUCAAACAAUUCCAUGUUUUCUCUUUUACGAUGCCUUUCCUGUUGUUCUCUGUUUCUUUCUUUCUUGUUUAUUUAGUUGUUUUUUCCUCCUCCAUUUCUCUCUUCUUCAAAAGGGUCUCUCACUUACUCACAGUAGUUGAGAUUUCAGAUUUCAGAUUUCCUUUUCUAUUUUGUUCUAAGAAAGAGAGGAAGCAACCAACAGGAUUUGUCAAUCUUGAAGAAGCUUCUCUUCCUAUUCCCAUUUGAAUCUCUUCUUCUUCUUCUUUUUUUAUUGUGAUUUAAUCCCAUGCUUUUUGUGUAUUUAUCUUGAGUUUUCUAGUUUUUCUGAUGUCUACACCGUUAGAACAUGAUUACAUAGGCUUAACAGAGUCUGUUCCUUCUCUGGAAAGCUCUGAAAAGUCUUCUGAUAGACACAACAAUGCUGGUUUGAACCUUAAGGCUACUGAACUGAGGUUGGGUCUGCCGGGGUCGGAGUCGCCGGGGAGGGAUGAUGGGUUCGAGGACAAUAGUGGGUUCCUUCACAAGAGCUCUGUUUCCGGGGCCAAGAGGGGUUUCUCUGUUGCCAUUGAUAGAGCUUCUGCCAAGUGGGUUUUACCAGCUUCUGCCGGAUCUGAGGCCGAUUCCUCCAAAAAUGGGGGUUUGUUUUCUCCCAGAGGUGUUAAUGAGAAUAAGACUCAACAACCUGCUUCCGCUGUCUCUGGUGUCAAAGAUGGUAUUUCUCCGUCGGCUAAGCCAGUACUGCAUGAGGAAAAGCCUCAGCUGUCUCCUCCUGCAGCUAAGGCACAAGUCGUAGGAUGGCCACCCAUUCGUUCUUUCCGUAAGAAUUCAAUGGCAACGCAGCCACCUAAAAAUACAGAUGAUGCAGACGGUAAGUUGGGAUCAGGCUGCCUUUACGUCAAGGUAAGUAUGGAUGGCGCACCGUAUCUCAGGAAGGUUGAUCUGAAAACUUAUGGAAGCUAUGCGGACCUCUCAUUAGCCCUGGAGAAAAUGUUCAGCAGCUUCACAAUUGGUCAUUGUGGCUCUAAUGGAGUUCCCAACCGGGAUGCAUUAAACGAGAGUCGGUUGAUGGAUCUGCUCCAUGGCUCUGAAUAUGUACUCACCUAUGAAGAUAAGGAUGGUGAUUGGAUGCUCGUUGGUGAUGUUCCAUGGGAGAUGUUCACUGAAUCUUGCACAAGGAUGAGGAUCAUGAAGAGUUCAGAGGCUAUUGGGUUAGCUCCAAGGGCCAUGGAGAAGUGCAAGAACCGUAAUUAGCGAAUGCUUUUGCUAUAUCGAUGCAUCAAUUGCGCAUGUUAAAGCAAAUGACGUUUGAAGAUAACGUAUAAUCUGCCUGCUGGAAGCGUAGUAGAUCAAUCGAGAGAAUCUUUACUGAGUAUUGUGUUCUUCUUUGUGCAUGAGUUCUAAAUAUUGGAGAGUUGCUGUAUCAAGAUAACUUCUUUGUUGGCAAACAUGAUUUUCAAUAGGACAAUUCACAGUUUCUUAGUUUGCCCACUCCCUCCCUUUCUUUGUGAUUUUACUUGGAAUUGUUGUUGCUACACUUUACUUUGUAUUGUAAAUGGUUUGUUUGCUAUGCCAAUUGUAUCCAUUCUGCCUGCUUCCUCCUCA